CUGCACGGAUGAGGUCAUGGUCCGGAGUCGGGUGUGCAACCAGCGUGACUGUUGAGCCGCUGAGCUUGCUACGUGCACCUUCUUGUGUGCGAUGUGGUGGGACAUCGUGGAAUGGCUGGCGGGCUGAAGCCUCGGGGUUGCAUGAAUGAAGGUUGCUCGAUUGAUUCGCCCAAUCUCUCAGAAGGCCAGCUCGGCUGAUGCUUUGCGUCCGAAGAUGUCUGGCGACGCGCAUGUCACGACGCAGCGUAGGUUUGGGCAGCCCCGGCCUCGCCAGACGCCCGUCUGACGUCCAAGCGAGCCCUCCUCGUCCUCAUCUUUUGGCUGGCCGGUCCGUAGCCAAAGCGAUUCUGGCUCAAGGGGUGGACCGUCAUCCAGCCCAGACUGUUCGCUUCUCCCAAAGAAGUUCCCCGUCGGGAUAUUCAUCGCAAGGGCGGCGCUCAUGGUCCACAUGCUUUUGCUGCUUCUCCUAUCAGGGAUGGCACUGGCAAAUGCUACAGAGGAUGCCCAAAGCCGAAGAGUCCCCAUGGUGCGCAGUGAAUCUAUUUCGCCCGACAAAGCCUCCGUUGUUGAUUCGCAGGUUCCGGCUGUACCAGAUACGGAGUUCGUUGCAAUGCCUAGGGCCACACAUACGGCAUCUGCACGUGUGCAAGCACACGCAAGCGGUCGCAUUGCAGAUGUCAUUGCAGAUGCAUUUUCGGAUGCGACGGAAACUGCGCAUGAUGAAAAACAUGGGAUGAUGCGCAGUGUUGAGAUAUUGCCUGAUGGAGUCACGGGAACCACCGACAUUGCCGCGCCUUCUGCAGCGUUCGACCCGGACCAGCCGCUGAACGAGACGAUAAUGAGCAUGUUCGUGGCAGCAACCGGCUCUGCCUCAGAGGUCGAGACAUCCGCAUCAGGCUCGUUGGGCGGGGCAUCGAGCAGUGCGCUUGAGCUCGAGGUGGCCGCACCCAGCUCUGACUGCUGCAGCAACUCGGAGUUUGCGUGCGAUGCCGCGCCUUCCAACGACCACUGUGCAGCGUCGUGGCCCGAUGUGGCGGGUGGCCCCCUCACAACUUCCGAGUGCUGCGGGUUCUGGAACAUGUACACGGGACGAGGGGCGCGGGCUGUGCCGAUCCACGGGCAGAUGCUGACCACCCUCCAGCACAUCCGCUGGCAUGCCGUGCAGUGGAUCAGGGUUGCGCUGCAGAGGUCGGAGACCGCGAAGCAGCAGGGCGCGAUGGCGGACUGGUCGGGGAGCGGCCGCAGUGCCUGGCCCGGGAUGUCGAACUGGCAGACGCGCCGCUGGAGGGCCGCCUGGGUCGCGUUCUUCGGGAACCCCCAGGGUGCCGGGCCCGCGCUGGACAAGCUCAUCGGCCGGCUUCGCAACACGCUGUGGCAGCUGGAGAACUCCCAGCUCAUCCAGACCUCCAGAACCACUCCCGGGACGAUGACGAAAGCCAAGGACGGUCGAAAAGGGCAGGUCAAGAUCAGGCGCGAGAUGGUCGUGGCUUGCCACGCAUACCGUUCAAGCCACGGUUGGCCAUACUAUUGCAUGUUGAAAGAUAGGGCGCCAGCCUUGCUGAUCUGGAUCCACGAGGCCACGCACCUGGAUGGCACGGUCGACGAGUUGCCGCAGGACACAAGAUGCUGGGCCACACGGUGCUAUCGCCAGGCAGACAUAAAGGCAUACGUCGUGGAAUCGCAGCCCCAAUCAACAGGCUGGCGAAUGGACGAGACCAGGCGCGACCACCUAUUGAAUCAUGCUGGGGCCAUCUCCGCCUUCAUUUACAAUAUCAAUGGCUACUUUGGUGAUGUACUCCAGUAUCCUUAUCAAGAAGAGGUCUAUGACUGGUAGGAUCCUUUUGCUGGCCUGCGAGCGAAGUCUUCUCGUUGUCGGUACGCCCGCUUCGAAGAUUGGGUCAACACGUGCACCCCUCUUAACCAGAAGUUGGACGCACAUGGUGCGGCGGCCCUGGGCAGGAGUUGGAUCCACACGUGCAUCAGGAGGGGAAAAAGCACAGACACAAGGAGUCGGCGAUCCCUGGG